AGAAUGCUUAGCGAUUAAGUCCGCUUACAAAAAAAAGUCUGAUAACUGAAGCAGCCACGGCCAAACGACACGAAAUAUAAUUCUGUACAGUAAAAAAAGAAUCGACGUAUAUAUAUUUUUCUAGAUAUGGCUGACAACGAGAAAUUAGAUAAUCAGCGACUGAAGAAUUUCAAAAACAAAGGCCGUGAUUUAGAGACCAUGAGGCGGCAGCGUAAUGAAGUUGUGGUUGAAUUACGUAAGAAUAAACGAGAUGAACAUUUGCUAAAAAGAAGAAAUGUUCCACAUGAAGAUAUUUGUGAAGACUCUGAUGUUGAUGGCGAUUAUAGAGUGCAAAACACGUCUUUGGAGGCAAUAGUACAAAAUGCGACAAGUGACAACCAAGGUGUUCAGUUAAGUGCUGUACAGGCUGCAAGGAAACUUUUGUCUAGUGACCGCAAUCCCCCAAUUGAUGACUUGAUAAAAUCGGGCAUUUUGCCUAUUUUAGUUCAUUGUCUAGAAAGAGAUGACAACCCAUCACUACAGUUUGAAGCAGCAUGGGCUUUAACAAACAUUGCCUCUGGGACCUCUGAACAGACACAAGCAGUUGUGCAGUCAAAUGCAGUUCCGCUGUUUUUAAGAUUAUUGCAUUCGCCACAUCAAAAUGUUUGUGAACAAGCAGUCUGGGCAUUGGGAAACAUCAUUGGUGAUGGACCACAGUGUCGAGAUUAUGUAAUUAGCCUUGGAGUGGUCAAACCCCUGCUUUCCUUUAUUAACCCAUCAAUCCCUAUUACAUUUCUUCGAAAUGUCACCUGGGUAAUGGUUAACUUGUGCCGUCAUAAAGAUCCACCCCCACCAAUGGAAACUAUUCAGGAAAUACUUCCAGCACUGUGUGUGCUUAUCCACCAUAAUGAUGUAAAUAUUUUGGUGGACACUGUUUGGGCUCUCUCUUAUUUAACUGAUGCUGGCAAUGAACAAAUUCAGAUGGUAAUAGAUUCAGCAAUUGUUCAGAAUUUGGUGCCUCUUUUGAGCCACCAAGAAGUCAAAGUACAGACAGCUGCACUAAGAGCCGUGGGCAAUAUUGUGACUGGUACAGAUGAGCAGACACAAGUGGUGCUUAACUGUGACGCUCUUUCCCACUUUCCAGCCUUGUUGACACACCCAAAAGAAAAGAUUAACAAGGAGGCAGUAUGGUUCCUUUCUAACAUCACAGCGGGGAAUCAACAGCAAGUACAGGCUGUGAUUGAUGCUAAUCUUGUUCCAAUGAUCAUACAUCUUUUAGAUAAGGGUGAUUUUGGUACACAGAAAGAAGCUGCAUGGGCAAUAAGUAACUUGACCAUUAGUGGAAGGAAGGAUCAGGUAGCGUACCUUAUCCAGCAAAGCGUUAUUCCUCCAUUUUGCAACCUUCUUACAGUCAAAGAUGCACAAGUUGUGCAGGUUGUAUUGGAUGGACUCAGUAACAUCCUAAAAAUGGCAGAUGAUGAAGCAGAAACAAUUGCUAACCUGAUUGAAGAGUGUGGAGGUUUGGAGAAAAUAGAGCAUUUACAAAAUCAUGAAAAUGAGGACAUCUAUAAACUGGCCUAUGAAAUUAUUGAUCAGUUCUUCUCUUCUGAUGACAUUGAAGAUCCUAGCCUGGUACCAGAGGCAAUUCAAGGUGGAACAUUUGGUUUCAAUUCAUCAGCUAAUGUGCCAACCGAAGGAUUUCAGUUUUAAAAAAGAAAAACCCUACCUGGAGUUAAUUACGUGAUGCAGCUCUGUAAUUUGAAAUUAGAUCCAUUGUGCUUGGCUCAUGGGAUCCACUGCUGCAUUAAAUCGGAGAGAAAAUGUGUGGAUUUCGUUUGGAGUCAGAGAGAAACCCAAAUGAAGUGAUGGCGAGUGGGUGCGAAUGAGAAUGAGUGGCAAAAUGUUGCAAAAUCUACACUUGAAUGCUUUGAGGAUGUUUUCAAGAAACUGCAAGUUUUUGAAGAUCAACGGCAAAGAAGGAUUGGAAAACCACGAUACAAAUUCAAACAAUUGGGUGAAAAUGAUACCAUAUCGGAGCUUAUGGACAUGUAGCCAGCAGAAGCAGGAAAUUGGUCAGCUUGUCAGUCUAGAGUCUCAGAACCAAGGCCUGGUUAUAAAACGCUGUGUGAAUGGACCCAUGUAUGAAUGUCUGGACUCAAUAUGGUGGAGCCAGGUUCAUCUCAAAUCCAGGGCUCUCCAUUCAUGAAACCUCCUCCCGUGUCCAGGAGUGUAGCGUGUGUACGAGAGUAUGGGUGUGAUGUAUGUGAACGCAUGCAAAACUUGAUUUGCCUCUAACGGGCUGAUUUAAUAAACCCAAAAAAAAAAA